AUGCGCUACCUCUCGUGCUUUGGACGCCAAAAGCGGCCCCCAGACAAUAAUGACGCGGAGCGCGCGUCCCUCAACGGCGGCGACGAGGCGUACGUCCGCGGCUGCGUGUUCUGCGACGUGACCCGCGAGCGGGGCUUCAACAUCGCCUACGAGGACGACGAGCUCAUCGUCUUCCAUGACCGCUCGCCUGCUGCCCGGGAACACCUGCUCGUCAUCCCGCGGAGACACGUGUCGACGGUGCGCGAGCUGCGCGCGCCCGACGCGGCGUUGAUCGAGCGCAUGUUCGCCCGCGCGCGCGCGCUCCGCCCCGGCCCCGACGUGCGCAUGGGAUUCCACAUCCCGCCCUUCAGCAGCGUGCACCACAUCCACCUGCACGUGCUCGUGCCCCCGCUCAAGUUCAAGGGCGUGCUCAAGUACCCCGUCGCGCCGGGCACGGACGGCGGCAAGGGCUGGUCGUGGUUCGUGACCCCCAGCCAGGUCAUCAGCAUCCUCGAGGCCAAUGGGAGGGUUGGUCUCGGACCGACUGCGGGCAGAAAGAGCUAG